AUGGUCACGAACAAACUAGAUGGCCUCUUCGUACAGCGAUUCUACUCCACCACGGAAGAAAACACCCCAGGCUCAGGCUACAACGCGACCUUGGGCGUGCUAUUGACCGUCAAAGAGAUGGGCGAAAAGUACGGAAAGUACUUCGCCGUCGAAUACAUUCCCGCUCUGACAGACGAUUACAAUAACGUCAUGAAGCCGCUGUUCGAAAGCCCGAACUACAUCUACCAAGACGGGCGUCCUGUGCUCCAGAUCUGGGGCGUCGGCACAAACGCUACGGCCUUCCCGGGAGAUAAAUUCCACGAUCUGAUUAACAGGUAUCAUUCCACCCCUGAGAACCCCUGGAUCAUCCUCGGGGUGCCACAGACGUGGAUGGAGUUCGCAAACACAACAAACGAUCCAACUGGCUUCUACGAGGCGUAUCAAGCAGCAGAAGCCCUGCAGUCAUGGCCAGUCGGAGCGUGGAACGAUGUGGACUCGUUGCGUGGAGCACUGAAUCAGUACAUCCUCCCGGGCAAGGCGCUGCUGGAUGCUUGGGGCGUCAAGUAUAUGGGCGCGUAUCACCCAGGGACUGGGAAUCGGAAUGCGGCGAGGAGGCCUGGCGAACCGAUCGGUCCGUUGGACAAUAGAUUCAACGGCACCUUCUUCGAAGAAUCGAUCAAGCUCUUCACCAACGACUCCAUCAAGCCUUUUGCUAACUUCAUCGCCAUGUUCGACGAGUACACUGAAGGCUCCCAACUCGUUCCAUACAUCCAGUUCAAGAGCUUGCCUCCAAAUCCCAACCCUGGCUUCCUCGGCAGCGACGAUGACAAGAACGAAUUCUUCUACAUGCAGCUCGCUGGGAAUGGUACUGCUGCUCUUCAUGAGCUUUGGGUACAUGUCAGACAACAGUUGCAAGGACAAGUCUCGUGCCGCUUUCCCCUCUCUCUUCCCCUUCACUUCACUGUCGCAUCAACCCACUCCUCAUCCACCAACUCAAACCCAACAACAACAAGAUCCUUCGACUUAUCAAUCCCCACAAGCCUCGACCACAUACCAAUCCACAAACGAGGCCCCCAACCAGCAACCAGAACUCAUCACCGCAUAAUGUCCUCCAAACUCUACACCCAACCCCGCGCCAGCCAAAUGGCAACCCUCACCGCCCUCACCCAAACACCAACCCACCCCUCCAGCGGCGACACCUCCCCCAUAACCACCAGCAGCCCACCAACCCUAACCCGCAAACCCACAAACAACUACGAAGAAGCCCGGCUCGCCGCAAACCAAUCCCUGCCCGCCGAUGGUUCCGACGCAGGAACCACGGGACCGACGUCGCCGAAUGCGACCAAGGAGGAUUUGAAGCGCUGGCAGCAUGAGGGGUUAUUUGCGGAGAAGAAGGGUGGGAAUGUGGCGGGGUAUCAUAGUACUUCGGGUUGA